CUUUUUGCACAGCACAAGAAAUCAAAGAACAUGGAGAAAACGACAACGUUUCUUUCUCCUGCUUUCCUUGUUCUUCUCUUGUUACAAUUUCUCAAUUUUUCCCUCACACGGUGUUCUUCGGAUUCAGUCGACCAAACUUUUCUCCAAUGCUUAGAAAAGCAAACAAAUUCCACAGACGAACUCUCGAAGAUAGUUUACACCCAAACAAAUCCCUCCUACACUUCAGUUUUACAGGCGUAUAUACGAAACGCCCGGUUCAAUGACUCCGAAACGUUGAAGCCUUUGAUCAUCGUUACUCCAUUAGAAGAAUCUCAUGUCCAAGCCGCGGUGAUUUGCUCUAAACAAGUUGGAUAUCAGCUUAAAAUCCGCAGCGGCGGCCAUGACUAUGAGGGGAUUUCUUAUAUUUCUGAAAAUCCGUUCUUUAUUCUCGACAUGUUUAAUUUACGGUCAAUUAAUAUUGACAUGGAUGACGAGUCUGCGUGGAUCGGAGCAGGCGCAACUUUGGGUGAAGUUUAUUUCAGGAUUUGGGAGAAAAGUAAAGUUCAUGGCUUUCCAGCCGGCCUUUGCUCCACUGUGGGCGUUGGUGGGCAUUUGAGCGGCGGAGGUUACGGAAACAUGCUGCGAAAGUAUGGUUUAUCAACUGAUAAUGUUGUUGAUGCUAAAAUUGUUGACGUCAAGGGGAGAAUUCUUGAUCGUGAAGCGAUGGGAGAGGAUCUAUUUUGGGCUCUUCGGGGUGGCGGCGGAGCGAGUUUUGGUGUUGUGUUAUCGUACAAGAUCAAAUUGGUUCCGGUUCCAGAGACAGUAACCGUUUUCAGAGUUGAGAGGCUUCUGGCAGAGAAUGCGACGGAUGUGGUUUAUAAAUGGCAGCUGGUGGCGCCGACGACUGAUAAAAAUUUGUUCUUGCGAAUGCUUUUGCAGCCCGUGACGAGGAACAAGACACUGACAGUCAGAGCAUCGAUUUUGGCCAUGUAUUUAGGUGGGGCCGAUGGCCUUGUGUCUCUUUUGGCUAAGGAUUUUCCUGAAUUGGGGCUGAAGAAAGAAAAUUGUAUGGAGAUGAGCUGGAUUGAUUCGGUUGUUUGGUGGGCUGAUUUCGAUAAUGGGAGUAAACCUGAUGUGUUGCUUGAUAGAAAUCUCAACCAGGCGAAUUUCUUGAAGAGAAAAUCAGACUAUGUUCAGAAACCGAUUCCGAAAUUUUCCCUGAAUUUGCUAUGGAAAACAAUGAUGGAAUUAGGAAAAAUUGGGCUGGUUUUCAAUCCUUAUGGUGGGAGAAUGGACGAAAUUCCUUCUUCAGAGACGGCCAUGCCACAUAGAGCUGGGAACUUAUACAAAAUACAGUACUCGGUGAAUUGGAAUGAGGCUAGUGUUGAGCUUGAGAAGAACUACACAUCUCAGGCCACAAGUCUUUACAGUUUCAUGACUCCAUUUGUAUCAAAAGAUCCGAGAAGUGCUUACUUGAACUACAGAGAUCUUGAUAUUGGAGUUAACCAUCAUGGUAAAGAUAGUUACAGUGAAGGUGAAGUCUACGGGAUGAAGUAUUUCAACGGGAAUUAUGAAAGAUUGGUGAAAGUGAAGACAAUGUUUGAUCCUGAAAACUUCUUCAGAAAUGAGCAGAGCAUCCCUCCCAAAUCUGCCAUGUAAGGAAUUGAAAAGUCAUUUAGCUAUUUAGAUUUAAUUUUCUUGUUAAAGAGGUCUAAAAAUUAGUGGUUUAGUUUUGUAUGACAUUUAUGGAAGUUACAUAUUUAUUUUUCUUUUUAAAUAGUAUUUGUAGCAUGUGAUUUUACUAUUGGGUCGAUGGUAAUAAAAAAUUUUUUUCCCUUAACUAAUGAAUGACAGAUAACUAUCUAUAUCAAUUAGGCCUCUCAAUUGAGUCUGAUUAGUCCAAUGCUCAAACCAAACACAUUUCGGUUCUUGGUAGGUCCAGACAAAAAAUGUCACUUUAAGACAGAUUGUUUAAAUCUGAGACACUGUAGAGACUGAAAAUUAAUUUUCUUAUUAAUAAUUAUUGAUAAUGAUUAAUUAUUAAUAAUUAAUUUUCUUAAAAAUUGAGUGGGUGGACAGAAAUUGGAAGGAAAGUUCAGGGAGAAGAUGUCGGAAUUAGAUUGAGACUUGCUUUUGUUAAUUCAAACUUUACACACGGAAUUAGCUGCAACAAGUAUAUUCGUUUUGGUUGGUGAUUGCAUUGCAGGACAUACGAGGCAAGCACAACCACAAGGUUGAGGCCCACCGCUAUUUCCAGGAAGCCAGUGGGACUUCUAUUACUAGUGUUUUUCCUUUGAGGCUUCUUCGUUAAGAUUCUUGUGAGUUCCCUUUUUUUUUAAGUUGGGAAAUUACGAUUUCCAAAUGUGAAAAUGGAGAAUUCGUGCAGAAAGUUGGUGGAACGUCUGUUUCACCAAAAGGGAAGUUGCCGAAAUUGCUCUUUCAAUUAGGAACAAAUUUGUUCCAUUGGUCGUAAUUUAUUUAUUAUUAUUAUUAUUAUUUUUUGAUUGAGAAAAUUUAAUAUAUUGUGAAUGAAGUGCCCGUUCCAGGAGAAAAACACUCAUUUAAUGAUGAGAUAGUUCGAAAUCCAUUGGAUAAUUUGUACAACAUUGAGGAAAAUUGAAAUUUGAAAGUUGGAAUGCCCAUUUCAAGGGAAGAACGCUUACUCCAUAUAAUUGAGCAAUUGAAGAAUAACCCGUUCAUGGAAGUCGUUCUAGAGUGUGGAUUGAACAAAAAGAAACUGAAGUGUAAGUUUUGAAUGGCUGUUCCAUGUUUGGAAUACUCGUCCUUCAGUCAAAUCUUCAAGUAAUUUUACAAAGAACAAGAUCGUUCUUAAGGUUGUCACCCACUCUAUCAAAGUAGGAAAAAUUCAAUAAAGAAUGGAACAUCUGUUCCAGAGUAUUCAAA